UGGGUGAAUAACUUCACACCCGCUGAUUAUCUGAAUGCGAAAGAGUGCUCCUUUUUGCUAGGAAUUUUCCUUUGCGAUAACUGCGCAAAAAGUGUCCAUAUACAAUAUGAUGAAUUAUUUGUAAACAUAGUUUAAGAUGCGAGAGGAUUAAGAACCAUGGAUCCACAAACAUUUUUUGUUGUGUUGUGCAUCUUAUACAGUAUCUUGUUCUUUUUUGACCGUUUCUUCAAGAUCUGUUUGCAUUAUCCUUACGAGACAUUUCUAAGAAACACUGGAUUUUCUGUGGAAUUGAUGCGUUUGAAGUGGCACACGACCGUUUUUAAUAGAAGUAUUUUGCGGUUGGGUAAUUCGUGCUGCAGACUUUGGUUAAUCAAAAGUUUCACCAUUGGUGUUAUGGCAGCACUUUCCUUGUUACCUGUUGCCAUUAUAUUGCUUUUUAUCGCCAUAUUCAAUAGCUCCAGCCCGGCCAAAAUUGUUGAAGGUGCAGCUCUUAUUGAAUCCAUUAAAAUAGAAAUUCUUUUACCUGGUAUUAACUUGCCACUGGAAGAAAUCGGUUAUUACAUAACUACGUUGCUAAUUGCCACGGCAAUCCAUGAGUUAGGUCACGCCCUUGCAGCUGUUCUAGAGGACGUACCAGUUACCGGAUUUGGUUUUCAUUUUUACUUCUGUUUACCUUUGGCUUACACGGAAAUAUCAGCAGAGCAUUUAAAUGCACUAAAAUGGUUUAGAAAACUACGGAUAUUAUGUGCGGGCAUUUGGCAUAACUUUCUAUUCACUGGGACAUGCUACCUAUUGUUUUCGUCCUUGAAUUUUGUGGCGGCGCCAUUUUAUGACUUAAAUAGAAACAUCAUAGUUACGGAGAUUUUGACUCAGUCGCCAUUGAUAACGAAAGGUGAUAAAGGACUCUAUGAACAAAACGUCAUUACUCACAUUAAUAAUUGUAAGGUGAUCGAUUAUGAUUCUUGGCUGCAAUGUUUGUACAAAACUUUACACUCCAGACCUGGUUAUUGUGUGUCUUCUGAUUUUAUUAGAAAUAAUGAUGAGAGUAUUGAAGUUUCUCACCAUGGUUCUGAUGGCACUUUCCAAUGUUGUGAUGAAAAAAACGAAAAGCUUUGCUGCUUCGAAUACAUCGACAAUUUUGGUAAUGAUGCACCUGUAGAAAUACCUCAAUAUGUAUGUUUGGAAGUUAGGCGAACGCUCGAAGAUGCAUACGAUUAUUGCACUUCGCAUGGCACUUGCAACAUUGGCUUUUGCUUAAAACCUCUGCUACGAAACGUUACAACUAUUCUAAGCUUUAAACGGAAAACUAUUGACAACAAAGUAUUAAAAGACGUCAUAUACAUGGGUCAUCCCGUAGACGUUCUACGUACUGUUCGUAUAUCUCCUUUUGUGCCUAAACACUCAUUUGUAACACCAGAAUGGGCAGACGCGUACGUCUUAUUUCUCAAAUAUAACAUAGUUUUUAACUUGGGAUUGUCGUUAAUUAGUUCUGUACCGUGCUUCGGUUUUGACGGCCAUCACAUCGCGAGUACAAUUAUACAUAGUUUUCUAAUCAAUCGUGUUACAGAAAAACGUAAACGAGAAUUUAUCUCUUUAAUAGUGAGCGGAUUAGGUACACUAUUUCUAGUGUUAGCUAUUUUGAAAGUGUUAUGGUUAAGUGUACUUAGAUAUUUAAUCUAGACAUAAAAAACAUUUGUGCAUUUAUAAGUUUCUAAAAACGAGAAGGGGAUUUUCGCUUAAUGCCAAAUUUAGAAUCUGACAAAUUUUUACUCUAAAAACUAUGCAAUAAUCUUCAAUCAGAAUAUAUUGACAGCUAAUUUUUUGUAAGAUUCCCAAAUAUUCACACCAAUAUAAUAUCUUACGCAACUUGAGUUGAUAAAAAUGUUUAAAAAAUCUUCGUUCUUUUAGAAAAUGAUAAAAGUCAGUUUAAGAGGUCUUAACUUUUUUUAUAGUGAAAAUAUCGUUGCCAGUUAACAUUUAUAAACAUAGAUAUUAAAAAAAACUUU